AUGGUCUCAGUUGAUACUUCUGAAAAGAGGGCUGCUCUUAAUCCAAAUCACGCCAACAUUGAACCAAACACUUCCAGCCUCGACCCAUUUUCUACCCAAGAAAUGGGCGUCCAGGAACCAGAAUCUAGCAACUCUUCGAGACCACCACCCUCUACUAGGAAUACCCCGCUUGACAACCCAUUCCGGGACCGAGAUGCGCCUGUGGGCUACUUCUACCCAAACAGCAGCGGCAUGCAGGAGGGCCUUAACCCCGCAACAGCUACUCAGAUGGACCCGGCUCCUGCUAAUCUACCACCAGUGCUCACUGCCAACGCUGAUGCCUCCGCCGCCGAGAUGACCCUUGAUGAAAGCCUUCUUCCACAUCCGUCUUUGCCUGCUCGACCAUCUGGUCUCAGCAGAGGCUUGCAGAUACCAUCACGCAUCAGCCUCAUCACAUGGGGCUUCGGUUUCCCACAGAUCUUGGCUGAGCAAGGAGUCACUAAGUCGCAAUGGAAGUUGUUCAUGCGCGAGCUGAAGGCUUUUGCAGAGCUGAGCGUGGGGCAAUGGGUGACUGUCGUAGCCUGCACCCAUGGUGUUAGCCUUCUUUUUGGAGCCAUCGUAGGUCACAUUGCUGGUCAUAAAAUGAUGAAAUCCAGACAGCAUGAGAACUUCCUCCUAGCAUAUAAAGGCGGAGCAAUGAAAGUGUUUGAGCAUCGGUGGAAUAAUGACUACUUUCAUCCACUGGGUCUACAGAUUCGGAUUGAGCCCCCGGGUAUUGGCAAGGUGGACGGCAUGGAUAUCACCUCAUCGAAGCUUUUCAGGUACCAGCAAAAGAUGGGCACCUCUUCUCCUGCACCAGGCAUGGCUUCAAAGCAAGGGGAUAAGAAGGAGUACAAGUAUCAGUCCAAGGAGGGUCGCUAUCGCAUGAAGGCCGCGCGCAAAGGCCGCAUUAUUGUUCUGCCAUUGAACAUGGUGAAGCCUGUGCCAUCACAGCCAAGAACGACAGGUUCGGAGAGUCACAAUGGUCAGACUGAAGGGUCCGCCACCAGCGCUCGGCCUUCGGUUCAAGAUUUCGCUUGCUCGAUUCAGAGACAAUCUGGCUCCGAGGGUCUAGAUCGUACUCCUACCACUGCUCAACGCCUUGCCACGUCUCAUCAGAGACAAUCAAGCUCGGACAACGCUUCGUCUCCUGCCCGAGCUCCUACAACGCACUGGGGUGGUUUUCGCUAG